AUGUCAGCCAACCAGUCCAUUGCCGUCAAGCACUGGGCACGCAUCAUUAAACGAUGGCCUGUCGACCAGCUGCGUCCUGAGUACGUCUCGUUCCAAAAAUGCAUGCAGAAUCGUCUACAGGAUCCAUCUUCCACGCCUGUCACACCGGAGGCAAAGCCCAAUAAAACUGUCGGAACGACAGCAGGCGAAUUUACAUCUAGUCCAGAAAAAGACAUACGACAGGUGAAUGCCCUCUACGCUCUUCUAGAAGAUCGAUUCGCCAAAGAAUAUCCCACUCCAAACGCCCUACGUCAUCCUAAGGCUACCCCUACUCACUAUGAUGAUUUGGCGAAAGAGAUGGAAGCAGCUUCAACUCGAAGCUGGGCUGGGCAACUUUGGAACAGACUGAAGGGUGUUAUCCGUUGGGGAUAA